UAUUGUUAUUAUUACUCUCAUUCUUAUUCUCAUUCGCUCCAGCUACGGGCUAAGUGGUGACGUAGGGUCACGACGUAUGUUAACAAAAAAAAUAAAAAAAGAUGGCGUCGGUGUCAGACAUGUACGAUGUGGGUUGGGAAGAAAUGAGAGACAAGCUACGGAAAUGGAGAGAAGACAACUGCAGAAACAGUGAACAGAUAGUAGAUGUUGGCGAAGAGCUCAUCAGUGAGCAUGCAUCCAAACUGGGUGAUGACAUAUGGAUUAUUUAUGAGCAGGUGAUGAUCGCAGCGCUGGAUUGCAGUCGAGAUGACUUGGCACUGACCUGUCUACAGGAACUGCGAAAGCAGUUUCCAGAUAGCCACAGAGUGAAGCGAUUAUCAGGCAUGAGGCUGGAAGCUUUGGAAAGGUAUGAUGAGGCCAACAAGCACUAUGAUGCCAUCCUCCAAGAUGACCCCACGAACACGGCAGCAAGGAAGCGCAAGAUCUCCAUACUGAAGGCCCAGGGGAAGAGCACCGAAGCUAUCCGAGAGCUCAAUGAGUAUCUUGAACAAUUUGUCGGGGACCAAGAAGCAUGGCAUGAGUUGUCUGAACUCUACAUCAAUGAACAUGACUAUGGAAAAGCAGCGUUUUGUCUGGAGGAGCUGAUGAUGACCAAUCCUCACAAUCACUUGUACUGUGAGCAGUACGCUGAGGUGAAGUACACUCAGGGGGGGCUGGAAAACCUGGAGCUGUCCAGAAAAUAUUUCGCCCAGGCGCUGAGGCUGAACAACAGAAACAUGAGGGCAUUGUUCGGCCUGUACAUGUCUGCAAGUCACAUCGCUGCCAGCCCGAAAGUUAGUGCCAAGGUCAAGAAGGACAAUAUAAAGUAUGCUGCUUGGGGUGCCACUCAAAUAAACAGGGCCUAUAAGCUGGCCGGCCGUGGGACCAAGGAGAACAAAUGCUCAAUGAAGGCGGUGGAGGAGAUGCUGGAGUCCAUGCAGAUCACUAUGUCCUAGGCUGCUUCCUCUCUCCUGCUUACCCAGCCCCAUGGAGGAGCCUCUCAGUGUGAGAACAAGAUCCUCAGUCAAGGCUUGAACCCUGUGGCCAGGAAAAACAACAAGCUGUACAGAUAACGCUAUUUAUGGCAGCGUGGCCGUCCCACCUGUCUGGAGGUCCUUUUUAUUAAUUCUGUGCUAACUGUAAAUGAAACUUCUUUGUUUGUGUGUUCGAUUUAUUAAUGAUUAAUAUAAGUAGGAUUCACUAAAAAUAAAGAGUCUUCAUGAAGAA